AUGGCCACCUUCCCCUCCACCGUUAUCAUCGUCGGCGCCGGCAUCUUCGGCCUGUCGACCGCCCUCGCCGUCUCCCGCCGCCAUCCGGGCUGCAGCGUCACCGUCGUCGAUCGCCUGACGCCUCCGGUGGAGGACGGCUCCAGUGUUGAUACGACGAGGUGUAUCCGGGCAGGCAAUGAUGCAAGACAACUGCUAAGAUGUCCAGACUACGCCGACUCGAUAUACGCCCAGCUGGCGUCAGACGCACAGAAAAAGAUCGAGGCAGACCCCGAGCUGAGCCGGUACUACUUCAAGCAGGGCAUGACCUUCGUCUGCGACGGCCAGCCGGGCCGGUUCUUCGACAUCUGGAACAAGGGCCUCGAGAACGUGAAGCAAAGCAACUCGUCUGUCGUCGAGAUUCCUUCGCCGGAGGACGUGUUCCGGCGCAUCCACGGGCAAGACGCUGAUCUUGUGCCUGAAGAGCAGCUGGGUCGAGAGCGGAAGUGGAAGGUCGGGUACUGCAAUCUCGACGACGCGUUUAUCGAUGCGGAGGAGUGUGUGCGCAUCUACUAUGAGCGCUGUUCCCAACAGCCCCAUGUUACUUUUCAAUGUGGCACGCCGGUCGAGCGCAUCGCUAUCGCGAAUGGACGCGCAACCGGCGUCGUUCUGACAGACGGGACUGUUCUACCGGCAGAGCUGACGCUGGUCGCAGCUGGCGCCUGGUCCAACACGCUGGUCUUCCUCGAGGGACUGGCGUACUCGUCCGCCAUUGAGGUGGCAUGGCUGAAAGUCACAGAGGAGGAAGCCGACCGGUGGAAGAACAUGUCCAUCACCACCAACCUCAGCACGGGUUUCAACAUCUUCCCCCCGUAUCGCGGAGAGAUCAAGUGCCUCCGUCGCUCGCCGGGGUACUGCAAUACAGAGACCAUCCCUCACCCAGAAGAUCGAUCCAAAACGAUAGAGGUGUCUGUUCCCCGGACCAUCGUCACCAAUCCGGGCGAUGUCAUCCCUGCAGAUGCAGAGGCCGCGCUGAGGGACAACCUGCGAGAACUGAUGCCCAGUCUGGCAGACAGGGAGUUUGACCGGACGAAGCUGUGUUGGAUAUCCCAAACCCUGACAGCAGACUUCAUCAUCGCUCCGCAUCCGCGCAUCGCCAACUUGCAUAUCGCAACAGGCGGCUCGGCCCAUGCGUGGAAGUUCCUCCCCAUCAUCGGCGAUCUAGUGCUGUACUCGAUGGAGGGGCGUCUUGACUCUGAGCUGGCCAAGAAAUGGGCCUGGGGGAGAGAUGGCAUGGAUGGGGGAAACGCGCCCCGAAUGGAUGGUAAAGCACAGGAGCUGCGAGAUGUCGUGCGGAGGAAUGCAGUUGCAGCUGAAUAA